CCUGAUCAAAGUUCCUCCGCAGCUGCUGUGUUCAUGGGCAUGUUGACGGCGGCAUCGUGGAGACGCGCUGCUCUUCGGAGAAAAACAUGGACAUGGCCUCUGCGGACCGUUUGAGGAUGAUCGCUGCCCUGACCGGCGUCUUGGCGCUUUUGACGGUGCAAGCUGUUCCGACGCUCACUGAUGAAAAUGCGGAUGCAGGUGAACUGAGGGACGACAUACCUGAGAUCAACAGAGGGUUAGAGCACCUGUUCGAGGGCGACAUCGCGGGUAAUCCCAGCAGAAAUGCAAUCCUGGAUCAAACAAGAAGAUGGAAGUUUCCCAUCCCCUACAUCUUAACGGAUUCUUUAGAGCUGAAUGCCAAAGGUGUGAUCCUCCAGGCCUUUGAGGAAUACCGUCUGAGAUCCUGCGUGGACUUCAAGCCGUACGAGGGGGAGGCCAGCUACAUCUCUUUCACCAAGCUGUCCGGAUGCUGGUCAUACGUUGGCGAUGACGGAACAGGGCAGAACGUGUCCAUCGGGGCCAGGUGCGACACUAAAGCCAUUGUGCAGCAUGAGCUCCUCCAUGCGUUGGGCUUUUACCACGAACAGUCUCGCUCGGACAGAGACAACUACGUGAAGAUCUGGUGGGACCAGAUUGAAGAGGGGAUGGGGCACAAUUUCAACAAGUAUGAGGACGACUUCAUCACUGACCUGAACACGGCUUAUGAUUACGAGUCCAUCAUGCACUACAGGCCGCUGUCUUUCAACAAGAACGACAGCAUUCCCACCAUCACCACCAGCAUACCGUACUUUAAUGAGGUCAUUGGCCAGCGGCUGGACUUCAGUGGUGUCGACAUCACCCGGCUCAACCGCAUGUACAGCUGUGCCAACACGCACACGCUCCUGGACCAGUGCUCUUUUGAGCUGAUCAACAUCUGCGGAAUGAUCCAGAACGAGAACGACAACGCAGACUGGGUCCAGACGUUGAGCGGUCCCGCUGACGCUGAUCACACCCUGGCAGGGCGCUGCAGAGACUCUGGCUACUUCAUGAAGUUUGACACGUCCUCCGGUGUGGUCGGCAGCAGUGCCCUGCUGGAGUCACGUAUCCUCUUCCCCAAAAGAGACGAACAGUGCCUGCAGUUCUUCUACAGGAUGAGCGGGGCGGCUGGAGACAAACUGGUGAUAUGGAUCAGGACUGACGAUGGGACAGGGACCGUACGCAAUGUCAGGAAAAUCCACACCAUCACUGGUGAUGGGGAUGACGCCUGGAAAAUAGCCCAUGUGACUCUCAAAGUGACAGAGAAGUUCCGCUUUUUCUUCCAAGGCGUCAGAGGAUCAUCCAACUCGUCGGGCGCUGUCUCAAUCGAUGACAUCACUCUCACAGAGACCAGCUGCCCGAGUGCCGUCUGGCAGAUCCACAAUUUCACCGGGCUCCUUACCGCCGCUCCCCCCGGCAGUGCCGUCAUAAGCCAGUGCUUCUACAACUCGGAGGGCUACUCCUUCGGUAUCAGUGUUUACCCAAAUGGAAAAAACAUUGACUACCCGAACUAUGUUGGCAUGACCGUGCACCUCUGCAGUGGGGAAAACGAUGCAGUGAUGGAGUGGCCAGCAGAGAACAGACAGGUGACCAUCGUUGCCAUGGAUCAGGACGCUGACGUCAAAUUGAGGAUGUCCUCUACGAGAAGCUUCACCACAGAUGCCAGCUGGAACAAGCCAACGAACGCUUCCGGAGCAGUGUUGGAUGACAGCUGCAAGUGCUACCGCGGCCAAGACGUCGGCUGGAGCACCUUCAUUUCUCACCAGCACCUGCGCAGGAGGAGCUUCCUCAAGAAUGACGACCUCAUCAUCACUGCCGACUUCAAUGAUUUGACCCACUUGAUCAAGACGGAGGUGCCCGUCAAACCGGCUGCCCCGGUUACCGACAUCACAGAUGAGCAGACAGUCAGCGAGGUGGGAAUGAGACAGCAGGCUCCAAAACACAGAGAAGCUCGAGCUGCCAAGCCCUGUCAUCCCAACCCGUGCUUAAAUGGAGGCUUGUGUGUGGACAGUGAAGGGAAAGCUUCGUGCAGGUGUGCAACAAGCCAGACGACCUACUACACUGGUAAAAGGUGUGAGGAAGUGAACACAGAUAGCAGCAUUCUGGGAGCUCUGAUUGGUGGCGCAGCGGGGACGGUAGUUCUCACAGGGGCCAUCUUCACCGUCGUCAGGAGAGCUCAGUGAUACUUAUUUAGGAGGACAUAGCAUUUAGUCUGCAUCCAUCCAGCACCGAAAUCACAAUAAACAUAAAGACAACACUGGAGGGAAAUAUGCAGAUGCAUCCUCUACACUCCUUUUUUGUGUGCAAAAAUUGCAAAUUGGAAGCUCACUUUUUCAAUUCAGGACCAAAACCAAAAUGAGCCCUGGCAACCACUGUAUUCGUGGACCAUAGAGGAAACUUACAUCAUGCCGGAUAACAUCCGCACUUUAUGUGCCGAGGGCAUGUAACCAUAUAGUAUGUGAUCUGUUAUGAAAAUUGUAAGUCUGGAUUGAAAUAUUUAAAUCAUGUGUGAACAACAAUAAAAUACUUUUCAUUCCUUGUCUUUA